UGCUACAGUGUGCUACAGUUAGUCAGCUGAUUACAUUCGUUAAAUUUAGUCAUUGUUUUUUAGUGCAGUGUUUUAUUUUUAAUUUAAAAAUAAACCAUCAAUAAUGUCGAACGUAAUUGAAUAUUCGUCUUGGAGAAGUCCUCUAUCAACUCGCUAUGCGUCAAAAGAAAUGCUUUUUAAUUUUAGCGAUCAAAAUAAAUUUAGCACGUGGCGCCGGCUCUGGACUUACCUCGCGAAAGCACAAAAGGAAUUAGGUUUAGAUAUUAAACCAGAACAGAUAGCAGAAAUGGAGGCCCAUCUAAAUGACAUAGAUUUUGAUGCAGCUGCGAAGGAAGAAAAAGUAACAAGACACGAUGUCAUGGCUCACGUGCACGUGUUCAGUGAGCAAUGCCCCAAAGCUGCAGCGAUUAUUCAUCUUGGAGCAACUAGUUGUUAUGUUGGUGAUAAUACCGAUCUUAUAGUACUGCGAGAAGCUUUUGAUAUUCUGCUACCAAAACUCGCAGGUGUUAUUAAACGAUUAUCUAAAUUUGCUGAAGAGUAUCAUGACCUUCCGACUCUUGGUUUUACUCAUCUCCAGCCGGCCCAACUUACGACAGUUGGUAAGAGAGCAACUCUGUGGUUACAUGAUUUACUGAUGGACGAACGAGCUCUUCGUCGUGCUCGUGAUGAUUUGAAAUUUCGUGGAGUAAAAGGAACAACUGGGACUCAAGCUUCUUUUCUUCAACUAUUUAACGGUAAUUCGGAAAAAGUUAAGCAACUUGAUGCAUUAGUCACUGAAAUGGCUGGUUUCAAAAAAUAUUAUUCAGUUACUGGUCAAACAUACAGCAGAAAAGUUGACAUCGAAUGUCUAAACACAUUAGCAUCUCUUGGAGCAACAGUUCACAAAAUCUGCAGUGACAUUAGAAUAUUAGCCAACAUGAAAGAAAUUGAAGAGCCGUUCGAAAGUACGCAAAUAGGCUCCAGUGCAAUGCCAUACAAAAGGAAUCCGAUGCGUUCUGAGCGUUGCUGUAGUAUUGCACGUCAUUUAAUGACCUUAGUAAACAAUACUUUGCAAACUGCUGCGAACCAGUGGAUGGAAAGAACGCUUGAUGAUUCCGCUAACCGUCGCAUUACAUUAGCAGAAGCGUUUCUGUCAGCCGAUGUUAUUUUAAUGACAUUACAAAAUAUUACCGAAGGUCUUGUUGUCUAUCCAAAAGUUAUUGCCCGACAUGUAGCUCAGGAGUUACCAUUUAUGGCUACGGAAAAUGUUAUCAUGGCGAUGGUCAAAGCUGGUGGUGAUCGACAAGUUUGUCAUGAGAAGAUACGAGUUCUGUCACACGAAGCUGGUGCUCAAGUUAAGCAGCAUGGGUUAGACAAUGAUCUUGUUGACAGAAUUAAAAGUGAUUCUUAUUUCAAGCCUAUUUUUAAUCAACUUGAUAAACUUUUGGAUGCUUCAACAUUCAUUGGACGGUGUCCAGAACAAGUUAAGGAGUUUAUUGAAGAUGAGGUCCAGCCAAUCAUGGAACUUUACUCUGGACUUGAUCAGGGACGAGUUGAACUUAAUAUUUAAAAUGUUUUGAUUAUAAAUUACGGGGGUAAUUUUAUAAAAAUUGUUGUUUUUUUAUGAUUGUAAAAUAUUUUUUUUUUAUAUAAUAAAAAUAUACUAUUAUUCUUCUAUAACAAUUUUUUUAACAACUUUUUUUUUUUAAGAUAAAAUAUAUAAAUUUUGUUUAAAUCUGUGAUAGAUCCAGAAAGGAAAUAUAAGAACACAUGGAAGUGGAUUUAAAAAAUAGAUAAGAGAUAAGAGAUAAGAGUGAUAGGAUAGUAAAGAAGAAAUAAAAAGAGAAAGAAAAAGAUUUUUAUAUUUAUAUUUUAUUUAUAUUUGGAAAUUAAAAAGAACAAGUGAUAAAAAUAGAUAAAUAAAGUUUAAGUUUUGUACAUUUAGAUGAAAAUAUAUUGAUAUAUUAUUGUAGGAAAUAACAGUUGAGUGAAUGAUUGACAGUAAUUGAAAGUAACAGUAUUUAAAUUAAAAUAAACAGAUAUCGACAAUAUAGAUUUAUAUAAUUAAUUAAAGUUAAGUGGAAAUAGUAAUUGUUGAAAGUUUACUGAUAGACUAGAGGAAACGGUGGAAUUGAUUAGGAAGACGUGUAGAGAUAAGUAAAGAAAAAUAUGAAAAGUACUUGGAAAGUUAGAAAAUGUUGUUGUGAAUUGUUGGUAAAGAAAAGUAGACAAGAAAUUGAUAGAAGAAAUAGAGAAGAAAAUUUUGCAGAGAAUUUUUGAUAAAGAAAAUUAAAGAAAUUGAUAGAAGAAAUAGAGAAGAAAAUGUUGCUGGGAAUUUUCGAUAACGAAAAUUAAAGAAAUUGAUAGAAGAAAUAGAGAAGAAAAUGUUGCUGGGAAUUUUUGAUAAAGAAAAUUAAAGAAAUCGAUAGAAGAAAUAGAGAAGAAAAUUUUGCUGAGAAUUUUUGAUAAAGAAAAUAGACAAGAAAUUAAAGGAAGAAAUAGAGAAGAAAAUGUUGCUAGGAAUUUUUGAUAAAGAAAACUAAAGAUAUUGAUAGACAAAAUAGAGAAGAAAAUGUUGAGAAUUUUCGACAAAGAAAAUUAGAGAAAUUGAUAGAAAAAAUAGAAAAGAAAAUGUUGUUGAGAAUUUUCGACAAAGAAAAUUAGAAAAAUUAAUAGAAAAAAUAGAAAAGAAAGUGUUGUUAAGAAUUUUUGAUAAAGAAAAUUAGAUAAGAAAUAGAGAAGAAAAUUUUGCUGUGAAUUUUCGAUAAAGAAAAUUAGACCAGAAAUUGAAAGAAGAAAAUUUUGCUGUGAAUUUUUGAAAGGAAAUGACAAGAUUUUAAGAGGAAAAAGUUGCUAUGAAUUUUUGAGAAAGAAAAGUAGACAAGAAAUUGAAAGAAAAAAUAGAGAAGAAAAUGUUGCUGGGAAUUUUUGAAAAAUAAAAUUAGACAAGAACUUGAUAGAAGAAAUAGAGAAGAAAAUUUUGCGGUGAAUUUUUGAUAAACAAAAAAUUAGACAAGGAAUUAAUAGAAGAAAUAAAGAAUACAAAGUAAAAAAGAUAAAUUUAUUCAUAGUUGAGAUUUUAUAGUUUAUAUAUUUUUGAAACUAUAGAGAAUUUGAAGAAAGAAGUUGAGAAUAAAAAAAGGAGGAAAAGAAAAAGAUGAAAGAAGUAUAAGAAGAAAGGAUGAGAAAAAAGUUUAGAAAGAAAAAAAGAAAAAUAAAAAUUGAAAGGAAAUUUUUUUGUAGAAAAGAAAGGCAGGAAAAAAAAUUCAUAGCAUCGUAAAGAAACAAUAGAAAAUAUUUUUAUUUCUAUAAAGAAAUUUGAAAAAAUGAAAAUAAGAAGUACAGAACAAAAUAUAGAACAAGUCGACAAAAAGUGUGAAAGUAAAAUAGAAAUAAGAUUGAAAGAAAGUAAUAGAAGUUUUUAGAAUUUAUUUGCGUUGAAAAGUUGACAGUGUAGAGAAAAUAAAAGAAGAGUAGAGUAAGUAAAGAAUGAAGUAGAGUAGAGAAUAAUAAGUUGAGUAUACAGAAUGUAAUAGAAAGUCCAGUGUAUUGUUUAUUAUUAUUUUUUUCUAAGUACGUGACGGCAAGAGACGGCGUACAAUUUCGAGAUCAUAAUACUGGUGGGUAGAGAAAGUUCUUAGAAAAUAAACUGAAGGUAAAAUAUUAUUCAAAAAGAAAAAAAGGCUUAGAAUAGUUUUGUUAAGAAUAUUGAGAAAUAAGAGAAGUUUAGACGUGGAAAAAAAAGUAGUGAGAAUAAAUUGAGCAAUAGGCGACUAAAUAAUAGAAGAAAAAAUGUAAGUAGAUAAGAUAUAGAUUGAAAUUUAGAACAGAUAAAAGAGGUCAUGUAGGAAAUAAAAACGUAUAGAGAAAAUAUUUUUAGUGUGAAAACAAAUAAGAUGGAAGAAAAGUGAAGAAUAAGGUAAAGUAUAGAAAUUUAGAGUAAGGAAGGAAGAAAUAAAAUUUUAGAGUAAAGAAGACGAAGUAUAAAAGUAUAGGAAAGAAAACAAGGGUGAAAGUACAGAAGAAGAAAGGAAAGGUAUAAUGUAGAAGAAGAAAGAAAAGUAUGAAGGUAUAAGAAAAAAAGAUAGAGAGUAAAAGUAUAGGAGAAGGAAGAAAAAUUUUAAAAAAAGAAAGGAAAAGUAUAAAAAUAUAUGAGAAGAAAGAAAAAGUGUGAAAAUAUAGGAAAGAAGACAAAGAAUAAAAGUAUAGGAGAAGGAAGAAGAAGUAUAAAAGAAGAAAGGAAAAGUAGAAAAAUAUAGAAGAAAAAAGUAUGAAGGUAUUGAAGAAGAAAAAAAUAUGAAGGAAUAGGAGAAGAAAGAAAUAUGAAGGUAUAGGAGAAGAAAGAAAUAGUAUUAAAGUAUAGGAGAAGGAAAAAGAAAUAUAAAGGAAAAUAAUUGAAGAAAUAGAGAAUAGGGUAGAAGAACAAGAUUGUAGGAAGAAUACUAUACAAUAAUGAAGUUUAAAAGUUAAAUAAAAUUCUAUUAAGUAUAAUUGACGUGUAUGAAAGAUAAAGAGUAAUAGAGUUAAAGUUUAGGAACUAUCACAGUGUGUUUUAUCAAUCGAUAGGUCAGUAAAAAUAAAUUGUGUAUUACAGAACUAAAAAAGAAAAAGAAAAAAAAAAAAAAAAAAAAAAAACCAAAGUGUAAACUCUAAUUUUUUAAAGCCAUAUAAAGGUACAUCGGGAGUAGUAGUGUAACAAAUCCGGAGUUCGGCAUGACAAGUUUUACCCUACUUCAUGCUUCGCGAUUAUCGCUGGGCUUGUCAUUUUCCAACCCAAAAAUAUUUUUACAGUUGUGUGUAUAAUUCCCGUAAAAAAAUAUUUUUUUUAUUGGGUCAGAGUCUCGCUGGUGAUGAUGAGAUGGUUCCCUCGCAGCAUCAAUGCGGUUAAUUUAAAAUCUCGUUAGAAAUUUAAAAUCUCUCCCUAUUGAUUUCUCAACAAUUAUUAACAAUUGUUUUCUUUUUGUUAUUUAAUUUAAACGUUUCUUGGUGGGAAUGUUCCGAUCAGGCUUACGACGGCCUUAUUUUAAUCCAGUGACCAUAUAGAUAAUAUUAUUUUUUACCGAGUCGUAUUUAUAUUUUCUGUUCAUUUCUGUAUAAAAAGUCUUCACUUUUUAGCGACUCGGUAACCAGAGAAAGACGUUCCUUCAUUUGAUUUGCCAGCGUCAAUGAAAACAGCAAACUGAUCACCGAUUUCCGAAUCUAUUAAAACUAGAUUCGAACCACCGCCUGUUCCCGUGGACACAAUGGGAAUCCAACUGUCAGAUUUAUUUUCUUUACGUUUUAAU